UUAAUUUCGCCAGCUGGAAAGAGAGGGAGCAGGGGGAUUACGUUUCUAAUUUGGAAAUAAAGAAAAAAACGUCACCGGGUAAUUCAUAAUGAAAUGAAAUAUAAUGUCAAAUAGCUAACCUCAAUGUUUAGAAUACCAUUGCAUUUUAUGUAUUUCAAAUCUGAAGUGAAACAGACUUUUGAAACGGAGCAGUUUCUAUCUGGCUAAAUAAUGUAACGUUAGCUAGUUCAUGAUGCCUGAAUAGUUAACGUAACUAACAACAUUUCGUGAAAAGGGCUAGCUAACAUUAGUUACCACUAGAAACAUUUUAGCUGCUUGACUAGCCCAAGCACCAAUUUAGUGUUGGUACCAAUGUACAGAGUCACAAUGGGACGACCAAAGAGGACGACCAAACAAUGUAAAAACCCCAAGUUGGACAAAUUGGAGGCUUUUCUCGAAGAUUUUGACAGUGAGGUGAAAACUGUAGUUGAAAGGCUGAAGGAGAGGACGAACAGCCUCCUGAAAGAUGCAGACAACUUCUUCAACAUGGCUGUGAUCAAGCUGCCAAAAGCAGUGAGACAGAUGAACUGGCUUGAUCAUUGUGGGUCAGAGAAACCAAAGUCACCAGUGGAUGAUGCCACGAAAGUAGAGGAGGCUGCACAAGUCGAGAGCAUCAUGGCUGAAGUCCAUACUAUUCCCCCCAAGACUGCUAAAAAAGCAACGUCGAAAAGAGGUGAAGCCAGGACAAGUUCAGAGGAUGAGGAGAACACUAUUAUGGCCAGAGGGAAGAAGGGCAAAUCUACUAGGAAACCUCUGUCAAAGAGGGCCGAAGCACUGUCAAGCGGGAAGCAGAACACCUCCAUCAAAAAGACCAGUAGGAAGGCCCCCAAAGCAACAUUGGGUACCACUGUGCUAGUGGACACUGCUUCACUUGUUGUCAUAUACCCCAGGCUUCCCAAGACCCCAGCGGCGAGGAUACCCCGCCACAAGGAGAGGGUGUACAGCAUCUCGGCCAACGGCUCCCCCAUCUCAGAAGUCGGUAAUGAUAUCGUCAUCAAUGUCCCUGUGGGGAACGGAGCGAGCAUUCAGCUGCUGGCCAGUCAGAUGGACAGUGUGGACCUGGGACAGCUGGAUGAGACGGCCAUAAGGAGCAUUCGUCUGCUACAGAACCGUCUCACAACACUGUGUGGAACAUCCGAGUGACCUCUGCACCUUCAGUCCUAGCAUUUUUCUCCCCAAUUUCGAUCUUGUCUCAUCGCUGCAACUCCCCAGCAGUCUCGGGAGAGGCGAAGGUCAAGUCGUUCUUCUUUCAAAACAUGACCCGCGCUUCUUAACACCUGUCCACUUGACCAGGAAGCCAGCUGCACCAAUGUGUCGGAGGAAACACUGUUCAACUAACGACCGAGACGGGCCUGCAGGUGCCCGGUCCAGCACAAGGAAUCGCUAGAGCGCGAUGAGCCAAGUAAAGCCCCGGCCAAGUAAAGCCCCUCCCCUAACCUGGACGACGCUGGGACAAUUGUGCGCUGCCCUAUGGGACUCCCGGCCACGGCCAGGUUGUGAAGUCCCAGCAUUUUUUUUGUACAUGAUUCUACCUACACAUUUUUAAAUGUUUUUUUAAAACUACUGUCUAUAUUUCUAUUUUUCUGUCAAUCUGCAUCAUGGUGUUUCUUUGCAUUAUUUUCGUUUAAAUCUUAGAUUUAAGAAUCAAUGUCAGGCAUGACUUUAUUUGAGACACUAUUCUUCAGGGAUGCUCAAAGCAUGCAGGAAGGGAAUGUCCUAGUCUUCCAUGAUAGUGAUUUAUAUAAUGUCAAGGUUGUAAAUAUGACCAAAAUGAAUGAACCCUAACUACACUCUUUUCCUCAUAGUCUAGCAUAACAUGUUUGAAACUCAUUUGGGAGCCUGUUAUUGUCAAUGUUCUAUCUAUUGGCCUGUCUCAACAAUACAGCUUUGUCUGCACUAUAGUGGUGGUUGUGCCAGUUCAAUGUGUGAUGUGACUAAGGUCCAUGUAUUUUAGAUAAUUUUGUGGAAUUUGGACAAUUCUGUUUGAAAGUAAAUAUGCUUUUUUUGUUCAGUUAUUUUCCUUAAAUGUCAUCUCUUUCUGGAGAACGUCUUCAUUUGUGUGAUUGGAAGUUGGGACCGAGGUUUGGGGCAGGGGGUUGUGGCUCUGUAGGCGUUCAGAUCUAGGCUUACAAGAAGCUCUGUGGUCGUACUAGUAAUAAAGUACAGAAAUACAUGUCUUUUUCAUGUUCUCUUGCUGCCAUAAUAUGCUGUAGUCAGAGACAACUAGACAUGACUGUUUGCCUGCAUUGAUUCCGUGAGACAGCCUGCUCAUUUUCAGUUCUGGAGGGAGCAUUAUUCAUAAAGACUCCCCUGGAAUUCAAUUUGUGUCACUGAUACCCAUUUCAGACAGGUGUGGUGUAUAAUCUCGGCAAUAUAAGGCAAUGGGAUUUGAACUGUAGAUGAGUGACAAUCCCAAAAUAUAUCCUCUGGGGGGGAAAAUAGAGACUAGUCAAUGUCAAAGCAGUAACUGACGAAACGUCACACUCCAUAGCAAACUAAAUUGCGUCGUAGGUAUGUUUUGGGCUCAGUUGCAAGAUGGUUCAGGAUAAACGUCUAAAUUAACUACUCAAACCACAUUCCCUGUAACUGGCAUUUGGAACUACAAUUAAACAUAUUGCAACA